AUGGCCGCGGCGGAAGCAGCCUCCUCCGCGCCAGCUCCUGAGCGUCGUCUCCUGGAGGUGGAGGAGGACGAGGUGGUGAUCGACUUCAAGCCCAACGCCAAGUGCCGCGCCGACCUCCGCCUCCGCUCCCUGCACCCGUCCCUCCCCGUCGCCUUCAAGCCGCACGCGCCGCCGUCCUUCCCGCGCUCCCGCGCCGACCGCUUCCUCGUCCUCUCCUCGCUCUCCGCGGCGCACCUCGACUCCGCCGUGGGCGGCAGCAACGACGACACCAGCGGCGGAGUCAGCGCCAUCCGCCUCCGCGUGUUCUUCGGCGGGCCGUACCUGCUCCGCCUCGCCGCGGACGCCGGGGACGCCGCGGCCGUGCACCUCAUCCUGCGCCGGCAGCCGCACCUGCUGCCGUUCCUGGAGCAGCACCAGGCCGCCGCGCCCGACGCCGAGCAGCAGUGGGCGCCGCCGCCGCUGCCGCUGCACGCGGCGGCCGCGAGGGGGGACUGCGGCGAGGUGAGGCGGCUGGGGCCCGACGCGCUGGCCGCGCGUGACCGCGAAGGGAGGACGGUUCUGCACGCGGCGGCCGCGGCCGGCGAGGCCGAGGCGGUGGCCGUGCUGGUGGACAUGGGCGCCAACACGUCGGCGGUCGACGCGCGCGGGAGGACUCCGCUGGACGUGGCGCGCGAGAAGGGAUACCAAGAAGUGGUGGACGUCCUGGAACGGUGGGAGCUGGUGAUGACGGCGGCGAGGCGAGGCGACCUCGGGAGCCUCGAGUCCCUGCUCAGCAAGCGCGCGGGCAUCCGCGGGCGCGACCAGUACGGCCUCACGGCGCUCCACCUGGCGGCGAUCAAGGGCCACUGCGACGCGAUCGCCCUGCUCGCCGGAUCGGGCUGCAUGGACGUCGAGUGCGAGGACGUGGAAGGCCACAGGCCGCUGCAUCUCGCCGUCGAGGGCGGCCACGCCGAGGCCGUGGAGCUGCUGCUCGACAUAGGCGCCGACGUCAACGCCAGGACCAGGCGCGGCGCCACGCCGCUCGAGAUGGCGGAGGCCAUGGGGUACGAGGCCAUCGCUCAGCUUCUGUGCGCUAGAGGCGCAGAGGUGGCCGCGGCACCGGCGUUGUGCGUCGCGUCGUCGUCUUCAUCGUCUAUAUCGUGCGCCUGA